UCAAGUUAAUAAGGACUUGACAACCCCCACGAACCAAAACAACAACAACAACACACACACACAUACCAAACCAACUCCCAACACAAAUCCAUCCAAAAUGCGCGGCGGUGCCUCCGAGACCAAGGUCCACUACAAGGGCAACGACGAGGACUUCCUCGUCUUCGUCGACAGCAAGGACGACUACAACAAGUGGGUCAGCGACAAGUCGACUCCUUUGGCCCAAGUCGUUUCCGUCUUCGAGGUCUUCACCACCCACAAGCAAGGCAGCCAGGGCAUCUACGAGGCCGCGUCCAAGGCGAUGCUCGAGAACGAGUUCGGCACUCACAACUCAGACGAUGCCAUCAAACAGAUUUUGGAGAAGGGAGUUUUGCAGGAGAUGAAGUUUCCCGAGCGCCAAGGAAACAGGAAUGACGCCAACGUUGGCGAGUAUGUGGGGCGUUGAGCACCUCUACCGCAUGCACAUUAGGGGCCAACACUCGUAAACAAUGACACGACACGACACGACGUUCUUGAGCGGAAAGCAUUAACUAAGUGAGCCGGCGUUUUUGAGAAACAGGCUGGGCUUGGGCUUGAGCUGGGCUUGGGAUUUGGAGUCGAGUUGGUGG